AUGUCUGGCGAGGGCCCGGAAAGCAUCCCGACGUCGGCCGACCCGCGCUCCAAGCGCCCGACCAAGAAGCGCGCCCUGACCCCGGUCUCGGAGCAGGCCGCGCACCUCGAUGCCCUCUUCGCCAAGCCCGACCAGGAGAUACGCUUUCCGACCGGCGGCGACAAGAAGCCCCGGCUCGCCGCCCCUCCCGAGAUCGUCACCAACGUCCAGGGCUCCAGCGCCGGUGCAGGCUCCGGGGAGUUUCACGUCUACAAGGCCAGCAGGCGGCGCGAGAAUGAGCGCCUCAGGGUCAUGGACGAGGAGCUGAGGAAGGAGCAGGAGAAGCAAGAGUUUGAGAGGAAAAAGGCCGAGAACGAGACCAAGGACGACGAAAAGACUAGGAAGAACAGGGAGAAGAGGGAAAAGAAAAAGGCCGCAAAGCUUCGGGCUAUCCAGGCCGAAAAGUCAAAGUCGAGUACGGAAGCGGCCAAGGCUGCAAAAAGCGCUGGCGAUGGCAGCGCUGACGGCGACGGCGACGGCGACGGCGACGGCAAAAAUGACGCCACUGAUUCUGGUCUGGAGCCUAUCAGUGCUGUCAUGGCGGCGGCCGCAGAGACGGCUAGAGCCGAGGCCAGCAAUGGGAACGGCACCCCAGGCUCUGCUCAGGCUCCCGGUAUAGUGAUACACGACGAUGACUGA